AUGGAGGCAGUGGGAGAGAGGCCUAGGCUGAAGAAGCUGCUGUUCAACGUUAUAAUACAGGGAGAUUUUGUUGCCGUAAGGGUGGUGAUGCCUUCGGAAAGCACUGUUUCUGACUUGGUGGGUGCUGCCGUUAAACAGUACGUUAAAGAAGGCCGCCGACCGUUGUUAACAAGAACUGAUUCGUCGUGUUUCAGUCUUCAUUAUUCACAGUUCAACUUUGAAAGUUUGGAGAGGGGUGAGAGGCUGACAGAUUUAGAAUCCCGGAACUUGUAUCUUUGCCAGAAAAGAGUGGAGAUGCUGCCGAUGACGUCGUUUUUGGGUUGUUCUGAGGAGGAAGCAAAGGCUAGCAGGAAAGCGAUUUCUUGUUUCAACUUCAUAGAUUUCUGA